AUGCCGCUUGCCCAUUCUGGGACCCUUUGCCACGGUCGCCCCCUCCCAUUUGCGGGACAAAGGGCGGGGGCGCAUCCCCACGCGUGACCUCCCCCGCACUGCGCACGCGCCCACUUCGGGGAGGGGCUUUACUCGCCCACGCGAGUGCGGGAGGAAUGGGCGGCUGGGACAGGGGAAUGCUUGUAGGAUGGAAGCACCCCCUCCCUCUCAAGAGUGGAAGUUAGGGAUGGUUGUCCAUUUAUGGCUUUGUGUCCGGAGAUGGCUUAAGAUGAAGGGCUUUCUUAUUCAGGCCAAAGUGUUCCUGUGGUGUUGACUCCACGAGGAACCAAAGAACUUAAGGGCUGAGCUCCUUCACAACCAAGAGUCCUCUUGCUGAGCCCCCUCACUCUGGGUACAUACUUUGGAAACCUCAGUGUCUCUGUCCAGAAGUAUGGGUCUUUCCUCCCGCAGACAGGUGAUCCCUUAUUACUCCGGAGGUACUCCACCUCUCCCGGGACUGACUACAUUUGGUGACCUGUUUCUGUCCAGUGCCCCCAAGGGCUCAACUGCUGGGUCUGCCAGAAGCCUCGAUAUGAAUGACAGAAACAACCAUAGGCGGACAAUGAAGGACGAAGAGACUUUUGAGAUCUCCAUUCCCUUCGAAGAGGCACCCCAUUUAGACUCACAGAUCUUCUAUAGUCUGAGUCCCUCACGGAGAAAUUUUGAGGAGCCUCCAGAGGCCACCUCCCCAACCCUGGCCCUGAUGAACAGUGUUAAGACGCAGCUGCACAUGGCACUUGAGAGGAACUCGUGGUUGCAGAAGCGCAUUGAGGACCUGGAGGAGGAGAGGGACUUUUUGCGGUGUCAGCUGGACAAAUUCAUUUCCUCUGCCCGGAUGGAUGCAGAGGACCACUGCCGGAUGAAGCCUGGACCUCGGAGGGCUGAUGGGGACAGCCGGGCUGGGGUUGGGGGAGAAGCCUCAGACCCUGAGUCAGCAGCCUCCUCCUUCAGCGGGUUGUCCGAAGAGGGAAGUGCCAGUGAAAGGAAGAGGCAGAAGCAAAAGGGAAGUGCUGGCCGGAGGAGAUUUGGGAAGCCCAAGGCUCGAGAGAGACAACGGGUGAAGGAUGCUGAUGGGGUCCUGUGCCGCUACAAGAAGAUCCUGGGCACCUUCCAGAAGCUGAAGAGCAUGUCCAGAGCUUUUGAGCACCACCGUGUGGACAGGAACACUGUGGCGCUGACCACGCCCAUCGCAGAGCUACUCAUUGUGGCUCCCGAAAAGCUGGCUGAGGUGGGGGAGUUCGAUCCAUCCAAGGAGCGCCUGCUAGAGUAUUCCCGCCGCUGCUUCCUGGCACUAGACGACGAGACUCUCAAGAAGGUGCAGGCUCUCAAGAAGAGCAAACUGCUCCUGCCAAUCACCUACCGCUUCAAGCGGUGAUGCCGCCGCCCCAUACACCUCCCUGCCCAGCAGAGUGCCAGGCCGGGUUUCCCCGGGCGCCGCCAGGGCUAGAAGCUGCCCUUCGAGAGCACUAGACCCGGUCUCUCGGCCGUACACGUUAGGCACCCCACCUCCAUUUCACUCCGCCAAGGGCUGCCAGCUCUGCCUCCCUAGCCAGGAGCAGCCCAUCUGCAUCCCACGCGAAGACAGAGCAUUAUUCUGAGAGUUUAAAUUAAAGAGACAUGAAAAUUUUCAAUAAA